CGCUCCCGGGCUGUACUGUCAUGGCGCUGACGAGCUGAAGCUACCGGGGCAAAUCAGGAAGAGACCGCGGCGCAGCUGGCUUUAUGCGCACAUUUCAGCGAGUGUGCGGACUUUCCACGGCAGGACAAGGGAUAAUACUGUUCUUUUUUGACUUUCGCUGCCAGAAUAACCCGCUCUGAGACUUGUCCAGGCUCAGUUUGGGAGUUUUUGCGCCCGUUUGGAGGAGCUGUACCUGUCAGGAGUCAACGGCAGGAGCAGCAGCAGCAGCAGCGGCGGCGGCAGUAACGACAAUAGCAGCAACUUCACCCCCGUGCACAGUCCGCGUCUCCUUCUGUAUUUGCCUUCUGUGCGCGCUGAGGAGGACAGGUUACGACCCAGCUCUUUCUUCCUCUUUCCUUCCCUCUUUUCCACCUGGAUCGCAGUUCUUUGGCGGCUUUUGGGAACGUUAAUCCAUCCGUCUCGUCUCAAGUUACGCACAGCCACGAGAGAGGAGUUGACUGUGCCCUCGCGGUGACAUUAACACUCACAACAGCUAAACUAUUUGUCUCUGGGCGCUUUGGCUGCUUUGGAUGGGGAGGAAAACGUGUUUGCGUGCCUGUCCCCCGCUCUGUUGAAGGAGAGGGACCAGGGCGCACGUCGUCUCCUCCACCACCACCACCACUACCACCACCACCACCUCCUCUGGUGUUAGGGUGAACAGGUGUCUUACCUGUGGCAGCCACCUGUCUUUUUCUUCUCUUUCCUCUCUGUGUUUCUUUGACUAGCCAUGGCCAGCGCGGAGGCAGGGGACGGGAGUGGAAAGGAGGAUAAAUCCUACGCCAUGGCUCUGAACCCCGGUGUGCCCAUCAGAGGGAUACGCAUGAAGUUUGCGGUCCUGGCUGGACUGGUGGAAGUUAAAGAAGUUUCCAACAGAGACAUCGUGGAGACUGUGUUCAACCUGUUGGUGGGGGGCCAGUUCGACCUGGAGAUGAACUUCAUCAUCCAGGAGCCAGAGAGCAUUGUGUGCAUGGUGGAGCUUCUGGACCAGUGUGAACCCACGUGUCAGGCCGAAGUGUGGAGCAUCUUCACCGCCAUCCUCAAAAAGAGCGUCCGCAACCUGCAGGCCUGCACUCAAGUGGGCCUCAUUCAACUGGUGCUGGACAGGAUCGCUACCACCGACAGCAUGAUCGCAGACUUAUUGGUGGACAUGCUGGGAGUUCUGGCUAGCUACAGCAUCACAGUGAAGGAGUUAAAGCUCUUCUUCAGCAAGUUACAAGGAGAAAAGGGCCACUGGCCUCGUCAUGCAGUAAAGCUCCUGUCAGUGCUCAAGUACAUGGCGCACAGAAAUGGACCGGACUCCUUCUUUAGCUUUCCGGGCAAAAAUGCUGCUGCUAUAGCUCUGCCUCCUAUAGCAAAAUGGCCAUAUCAGAAUGGUUUUACAUUCCACACCUGGCUCCGCAUGGAUCCUCUCAACAACAUAAACGUGGACAAAGAUAAGCCUUAUCUGUACUGCUUCCGCACCAGUAAAGGCCUAGGUUACUCUGCACACUUUGUCGGUGGAUGUUUGAUAGUGACCUCUCUGAAAUCCAAGGGGAAAGGGUUCCAGCACUGUGUCAAGUAUGACUUUAAACCACAGAAGUGGUACAUGGUGUCUUUAGUCCACGUAUACAACCGCUGGAAGAACUGUGAAAUUAGCUGCUAUGUGAAUGGGGAGCUCGCCUCUUUUGGGGACAUCUCGUGGUUUGUCAGUACUAGUGAUACAUUUGACAAGUGUUUCCUGGGCUCGUCAGAGACAGCAGAUGCCAACCGUGUCUUCUGUGGACAGAUGGGGGCCGUUUACCUGUUUUCUGAAGCGCUCAGUGCAGCUCACAUCUUGGCCAUCUAUCAGCUCGGCCCAGGCUAUCAGGGCACUUUCAAGCACAAAGCAGAGAGUGACUUGCUGUUUGCCGAGCACCAUAAGACCCUUCUGUACGAUGGAAAGCUUUCCUCUUGUAUCGCUUUCAGCUACAACCCCCGAGCCACCGAUGCACAGCUCUGCCUUGAGUCCUCACCCAAAGAGAACGCCUCCAUUUUCGUCCACUCUCCCCAUGCACUAAUGCUACAGGACGUGAAGGCUGUGGUGACUCACUCGGUGCAGAGUGGGAUUCACUCCAUUGGAGGUGUGCAGGUCCUCUUCCCUCUGUUUGCACAGCUGGAUUAUCGCCAGCCCUCCAGCAACGAGCUGGACACCUCCGUCUGCUGCACUUUGCUGUCCUUCGUCAUGGAGCUGUUGAAGAACUCUGUGGCUAUGCAAGAGCAGGUGCUGGCCUGCAAGGGCUUCCUGGUGAUUGGGUACACUCUGGAGAAGUUUGUAAAUUCACAUGUAACAACUGAUGAACAGUCCUCCAAGCUCCAUGUGACCCGGCCCAUCCUGGACAUUGUCUUGGCCUUUUCCCGAUACCUUAGCAACUUGCCCAAUGGCAUCCUGCUGCUCAAACAGCUGUGCGACCACAUUAUGUUCAACCCGGCCAUCUGGAUCCAUGCCCCCUCCAAGGUGCAGCUGACCCUGUACACAUACCUGGCCACAGAGUUUGUCAGCACAGUGACCAUCUACAACGCCAUCCGCAGAGUGGGCACAGUACUGCAAGUGAUGCACACGCUUAAGUACUACUACUGGGUCGUCAACCCACAGGACCGCAGUGGGGUUGUGCCCAAAGGAACAGACGGUCCAAGGCCAAACGAAAGGGACAUCUUUCAUUUGAGAACCUUUCUUCUGUUGUUUGUAAAGCAGCUCAUAAUGAAAGACCAUGGAGUGAAAGAAGACGAGGUCCAGAGUAUCCUAAACUACCUCCUCACCCUCCACGAGGAUGACAACCUUAUGGAUGUGCUGCAGCUGCUGGUGGCUUUAAUGUCUGAAAGCCCUGCAUCAAUGGCCCAAGCUUUUGAUCAGCGAAAUGGAAUUCGGGUCAUCUUUAAACUUCUGGCUUCAAAAAGCGAGCCAAUCAGAGUGCAGAGUCUUAAAGUACUGGGCUACUUUGUGAAACACAUGCCACCAAAGAGGAAAGCUGAAGUUAUGCUGAGUCACGGUCUCUUCUCGCUGCUCACCGAACGACUGAUGCUCAACUCACAGCAGAUCUCCAUGACGACCUACAAUGUGCUUUUUGAGAUCCUUACGGAGCAGAUCUGCACUCAAGUGAUCUAUAAACAGCAUCCGGACCCCGACUCGGCUGUGAAGAUCCUCAACCCCCAGAUUCUGAAGGUAAUCGCUGCUCUGCUGAAGAACUCGGCCCCUUCCCCGGAGACCAUGGAGGUGCGCCGGGUUUUCCUGUCAGACAUGAUCAAACUGUUCAAUAACAGCCGGGAGAACCGCAGGAGUCUGCUGCAGUGCUCCGUGUGGCAGGAGUGGAUGCUGUCUCUGUGCUUCAUCAACCCGCGCAACACCGAGGAGCAGAAGAUCACUGAGAUGGUCUACGCCAUCUUCAGAAUCCUCCUGUACCACGCCAUCAAGUACGAGUGGGGUGGCUGGAGGGUCUGGGUGGACACGCUGUCCAUCACACACUCCAAGGUGGCCUUUGAACAGCACAAGGAGAAUCUGGCUCGCAUGUUCCGUCAGUACCAGCAUCAAGAAUCCUCAUCCACCGUUCCCUCCAUCUCUCUGGCCAGCCAAACCUCCGAGACCAUGGACUUUGUUAAUGGACAAACUUUAGAAGAAGCCCCAUCCACUGUCAUUGAACUAACUGUAGAUCAGAACUCCCAGAAGCCCCUGGAAUCUACCCCUAGUGAAACCCUCCAGGAAGAGGCAGAACGAGGGCAAACUUCUAUAACUGUGUCCAACAUUUUAGCACGAGAUGAAGAGGACAUCAGAGGAGGAGAAGAAGCAGAAGCUGCACCCACCAUUGAGGUCCUACCAGUUGUAGAAGAAGAUAAAGAAACAUCGGCAACGGACAGCGCUAUAACUGACGAGGAAAAAUCUGAAGUUGAGAAAGACGAGUCGUCAGCUUCCCUGACCGAAGACUCUGCGAAUGAAGUGAAGCCUGAGCCGCCAGUGUCUUCAGAACAACAAGAAAUGAACGAGAGGCCUUGUGAGUCGGAAGCCGCGACUGCUAACGACGCACUAGAAGAAGCAUCCGUUUUGAAUCAGGACUUGCCGGACACGUCUUCCGUUAGCGACCAAGUACAAGCUAGCGAUGCUGAGGAAAGCCACGAAGAGUCAGAGGUUGCUGCAAAUGCGGAAGAUGGUGUCGUUAAGGAUGACGAAGUUGAAGAAGAGGAGAAGAAAGUUGAAGCAGAUAAAGAGGAACCAGCAGAGGAGAAAGAGGUAUCAGAUACGGAAAGUCAAAAGUUGGAUUCCCCUCAAGAAGAUGUUGUAGAUACAGCCAAAGAUGAAUCUGCAGCUGAGCAGUCUUCCUCUAAGGAGCCCACAACUGAAGAACAGCCAUCCACAAGUUCAACAGCGCCAUCUGCAGGACAUGAGGAGACAGGGGAACAGGCAAGUCAACCUUCUGGGACAGUUGCAGUAACCACAGAAGAAGACACAUCCUCCAAAGCUUCUCAAGAAGGCCUUCCUACUCCCAACCCUGUAAAAAAUGAGAGCGUGGACUCAACCAGCAAGACCAAAGAGAUUAAAAUAGCCAGACUAGAUGUUUCCAAUGUGGCCUUAGACACAGAGAGACUGGAGCUGAAGGAGACCUCAACAACAAACACAAGUCAGAGCCAGCCAGCAGGCUCAGCAGCCUCAGCAGCCUCAGAGCAGCCCAGAGACAGCAGCACUUCGGCCCCUCGCUCCACCAUGUUCCGUAUACCAGAGUUCCGCUGGUCGCACAUGCACCAGCGCCUCCUCACAGACCUGCUCUUCUCCAUUGAGACUGAUGUCCAGAUGUGGAGAAGUCACUCCACAAAGACCGUCCUGGACUUUGUGAACAGCAGUGAGAACGCGGUGUUUGUGCACAACAGUAUUCACCUCAUAUCCCAGGUGGUGGACAACCUCAUCAUGGCCUGUGGAGGCAUUCUCCCCCUGCUCUCUGCUGCUACUUCCUCCACUCAUGAGCUGGAGAACAUUGAGCCGUCCCAGGGCCUGGCAUUGGAGGCUUCAGUCACCUACCUCCAGCGUCUCAUCAGUCUGGUGGACGUCCUGGUCUUUGCUAGCUCUCUGAACUUCAGUGAGAUUGAAGCGGAGAAGAACAUGUCCUCUGGGGGCAUCUUACGACAGUGCCUGAGACUGGUGUGCGCUAUGGCCGUGCGGAAUUGUUUAGAAUGCCAACAAGCGCACAUAAAGCAGAACAAGGAGGCCGCAGCUCGGACAGCCACAGUGCUAGGAACGUCUAAGUCUGCAAUUGCACAGAGUCCGGUGGAUGCAGUGACAGGUGGAAUGUCCCCCAUCAGAGACCUGGACAGGCUGCUGCAGGACAUGGACAUCAACCGCCUCAGGGCCGUGGUCUUCAGAGAUAUAGAGGACAGUAAGCAGGCUCAGUUCUUGGCUCUGGCUGUGGUCUACUUCAUCUCUGUUCUGAUGGUGUCAAAGUACCGCGACAUCCUGGAGCCCCACAAUGACAAGAAGGGCCCUCAGAGAUCCCAGUCGGCCAGGAGCACAGACAGUGGAGCAGUGGCGGGCGGUGCAGAAGUAGAAAAUGGCAUCUCUCUGCGUCGAUACGACUCUGGCAUCGGUGAAGACCACACCUCCACCGCCCCCAGUGAGGCAGAGCUCUCCUCCUCCUCCUCCACCACCCACGGCCCGGACGCCAUCUCCGAGGCCCUGUCCACCCUGUCCUCUGAGGUCAAACCCUCUGCAACCCCUGACGCAAAGGGCAAGAACGUGAAGGACAUCCUGCGCAGCCUUGUGAGCACGCCCGCCGACGACCUCACUGUGGACCCCACUCUGCUGCCCCCGGCCUUUUUAGGAGUGGGAGACGUGGCCCCAGACCCAACGCAGUUCAGGUCCUUUGACAGAAGCGUUGUUGUUGCCCCAAAGAAGCCAGGAAUGCCCCCGGCUCCUGCCUCCUCCGCCCCUGCCCCAGCAGCCAGCGCAGCCUCUGUGUCUGGGGGCACACCUCUGGAGAGUGUGUCCGUGGUAUCUGCUACUGAUGCCUCCCAGAGCACAUCCACAGACCCUGCAGCUGCGGGCCAGGAUCCAGCCAGCGCAAGCCUGCCAUCUGUCCCCCCACUCUCCCCUGUGACCCAGAACACAACCCCCAGUAUGAGCAUUUCGGAGCGUCUGGAGCAUGCAUUGGAAAAGGCCGCACCUUUGCUGAGGGAGAUUUUUGUGGACUUUGCUCCGUUCUUGUCCAGGACUUUGCUGGGGAGUCAUGGGCAGGAGCUGCUCAUUGAGGGAACAAGUCUAGUGUGCAUGAAGUCCAGCAGCUCUGUGGUGGAACUGGUCAUGCUUCUGUGUUCUCAGGAAUGGCAGAACUCCAUCCAAAAGAACGCAGGUCUCGCCUUCAUCGAGCUGGUCAACGAGGGCAGGUUGUUGAGUCACACCAUGAAGGAUCACCUGGUCCGAGUAGCAAAUGAAGCAGAGUUCAUCCUGAGCCGACAGAGAGCUGAAGACAUCCAUAAACACGCAGAGUUUGAGUCCCACUGCGCUCAGUACUCGGCCGAGAAGCGAGAGGAGGAGAAAAUGUGCGACCACCUGAUCCGUGCCGCCAAGUACCGUGACCAUGUGACUUCGACGCAGCUCAUCCAGAAGAUCGUCAACAUCCUCACCGACAAACACGGAGCCUGGGGCCACUCUGCAAAGAGCCGUCCGAGGGAGUUCUGGCGCCUGGACUACUGGGAGGACGAUUUAAGGCGGAGACGUCGCUUUGCCAGGAACCCGCUCGGAUCCACGCAUUCGGAGGCUACGCUAAAAGCCGCCACAGAGCACGCCUCGGAGGAGGAUGUUCUGAAGACUCAGCAGUCCAUCCGCAGCCAGGCCUUGGGGAACCAGAACUGUGAGAGUGAGACUCUGCUGGACGGUGACGAGGACACUCUGUCCUCACUGGACGACAAGGAGCUGGACAAUGUCACAGGCCCUGUAAACCUGAGCACCACUGCCCAUCUGGUCGCCCCCGCCGUGGUGGUCAAAGGCACACUGUCCGUGACCGCUUCCGAGCUCUACUUUGAGGUGGACGACGAGGAGCCGAGCUUUAAGGCCCUGGACCCCAAGAUUUUAGCGUACACUGAAGGCCUCCAUGGAAAGUGGCUGUUCACUGAGAUCCGUGCGGUCUUCUCCAGACGCUACCUGCUGCAGAAUACAGCUCUGGAAAUCUUCAUGGCCAACAGGACGGCUGUCAUGUUCAACUUCCCCGAUGCGGCCACUGUUAAGAAGGUGGUCAACAGUCUUCCUCGAGUUGGCGUGGGAACCAACUUUGGCCUUCCACAAACCAGACGCAUUUCUCUGGCCACACCAAAGCAGCUUUUCAAGGCAUCCAACAUGACCCAGCGCUGGCAGCGGCGGGAGAUCUCCAACUUUGAGUACCUCAUCUUUCUCAAUACUAUGUCUGGCCGCAGCUACAACGACCUAAAUCAGUACCCUGUCUUCCCUUGGGUCAUCACCAACUAUGAAUCCGAAGAACUGGACCUCACUUUGCCCAGUAACUUCAGAGAUCUGUCCAAGCCCAUUGGAGCGCUCAACCCCAAAAGAGCAGCUUUCUUCUCUGACCGCUAUGAAUCCUGGGAGGACGAGCAGGUGCCCAAGUUUCACUAUGGCACACACUACUCUACAUCCAGCUUUACUCAGAUGUGGCUACUAAGAAUGGAACCCUUCACCACAUUCUUCCUGAACUUCCAAGGGGGGAAGUUUGACCACGCGGACCGCACCUUUUCGUCUGUGUCCCGGGCCUGGAGGAACUGCCAGAGGGACACGUCUGAUGUUAAGGAGCUGAUCCCAGAGUUCUUCUACCUCCCUGAGAUGUUUGUGAAUGCAAACAGCUACAGCCUGGGAGUGAUGGAGGACGGAGCCGUGGUCUCCGACGUGGAGCUGCCUCCAUGGGCCAAAACACCAGAGGAGUUUGUCCGCAUCAACCGCCUGGCCUUGGAGAGUGAGUUUGUGUCGUGCCAGCUUCACCAGUGGAUCGAUUUGAUUUUCGGGUACAAACAGCAGGGGCCCGAAGCAGCUAGAGCGCUCAACGUGUUCUACUACCUGACAUAUGAAGGAGCAGUCAACCUUAGCUCCAUCAGUGACCCCAUACUCCGAGAGGCCGUGGAGUCCCAGAUCCGCAGUUUUGGACAGACCCCCUGCCAGCUCCUCAUCGAACCGCACCCACCCCGCAGCUCGGCCAUGCAAGUGACCCCGCUCAUGUUCACGGAGCAGAUGCAGCAGGACGUGAUCAUGGUGCUCAAGUUCCCGUCCAACUCUCCGGUCGCCCACGUGGCCGCCAACACCCAGGCCGGCCUCAGCUCUUCCGCCAUCAUCACCGUCACCGCCAGCCGACUGUUCGCUGUCAACAAGUGGCACGGGCUCGCAGCUCACCAGGGCUCCACGACGCAGGACCAGCACUACCAACUGCCUGUGGAAAUCGACCCUCUCAUAGCCAGUAACGUGGGCAUUCACCGGCGCCAGAUCUCAGACCUACUGGACCAGAGCAUCCAGAUCAGCUCCCAGUGCUUCGUCAUCACCGCAGAUAACCGUUUCAUCAUCCUCUGUGGCUUCUGGGACAAGAGCUUCAGAGUCUACUCCACCGACACAGGCAAGCUGACCCAGAUCGUGUUUGGGCACUGGGAUGUGGUGACGUGUCUGGCCCGCUCUGAGUCCUACAUCGGGGGGGACUGCUACAUGCUGUCAGGGUCCCGAGACGCCACCCUGCUCUUGUGGUACUGGAACGGCAAGGCCUGCAGUAUCGGGGAGAGCUCAGCACCAGAGUUCACCAUGCCCCGGGCCAUCCUGACCGGACACGACUGUGAGGUCACCUGUGCCAGUGUCUGUGCCGAGCUCGGGCUGGUCAUCAGCGGCUGUAAAGAGGGCCCCUGUUUGAUCCACUCCAUGAAUGGGGACUUGCUGAGGACCCUGGAUGCCCCUGAGGCGUGUGUGCGUCCCCGGCUGGUGCAGUCCUCCUCUGAGGGACACUGUGUGAUCUACUACGACAGAGGACACUUCUGUGUGUUCAGCAUCAACGGCAAACUGCAGGGCCACAUGCAGGUGGACGACAGCAUCAAGGCGAUGCAGCUGAGCCGUGAUGGACAGUACCUGCUGAUGGGAGGAGACGGAGGAGUGGUGUCUGUGUGGCAGCUCCAUAACCUCAAACAGCUGUUCACAUACCCGGCCUGCGACGCUGGGAUACGCUCUAUGGCCAUGUCCCACGACCAAAGGUGCAUCAUCACUGGCAUGGCGUCGGGCAGCAUCGUCCUCUUCUACAACGACUUUAACCGCUGGCACCACGAGUACCAGACCCGAUACUGAGCAGCCCCUUCCCCCCGUUUCCCCCGUCGCACUACACUCUCUGCACCUCAGAUCUGAAUGUAUCUUAGUUCUAUAUAAAAUCUGUCCUGCUUUAGACAAAAUCAACUAUUUUUAAAAAGUGCAUUGGUAUAUUUUGUAGAUCAGAUAAUAGGAGUUUUUCAUAUCAAUCACUGGGUGGGGGUUGUGUUACUGUACGCUUAAAAAUCAAAUAUAUUUUUAGCUGUUAAGAGUCUAUUUUCCUCUAAGGGGCGCUAGAGCAAGUUUGAAUGACUUUUUUUUUUCUUAUAUGUGGGGAAAGUUCAGUUUCUACUUUGUUUUGAGAAUAAAUAUUGAAUUUAUGAAGAGAAAUUAAACAUGUAUCUUAAUCUAUGUA